ACCAACGAGCUCAAAGCGGAAGGUCAACAUAAUCAUGGCGUGGAGAGGAUGUGCGAUGAAAUGGGCCAGAACAGAGUUCAUCAGAUCCCGGAACACUACUUCACGAAGCUCCAGUCUUAACCCCUACAACCAGCAGAGGUGUGGAUUUCGCAGGGAGGCCAAAAGGCCUGAUACAAAGAAAAGAAAUUCCACCCAAGAAACAAACGCCUCACCCGCUGAGGCUGGCACACCAGUGCCCCAGCCUCUUUCAAAAGUCCCCAGGCCGACACUUUUCACGCCACUGAUGUUCACAGUAGGGUUUACAGGCUGCUCCUUUGGUGCAGCAGCCAUUCUACAAUAUGAGACCCUAAAGUCAAGACUUCAGACAGCAAAAGAUGAAGACAAAUCAGAAAAAGGCAUGCAGGGCUCCCAGGACAUGGCAUACUGGCAUGACUGGUGGAACCAGCUGUCCAGCUUCCAGCGACAGCUCAUCCUCCUGAUGUCCAUGGCUGCUGACUUCUGGAGCAGCUUCACGGAGGGGCAAAAGACCGUCACUGGUAUUAUUGCAGUAAAUGCCGCAGUCCUGUGUUGUUGGCGGAUUCCUUCAAUGCAGAGAAGUAUGCUUAAGUACUUCACGUCUAACCCAGCCGCCAAAACACGCUGCCUUCCCAUGGCCCUGUCCUCCUUCAGCCAUUACUCCAUCAUGCACAUGGUGGCCAACAUGUAUGUCCUAUGGACAUUCUCCUCAGGGAUCGUCUCUCUUUUGGGGAAAGAGCAGUUUCUUGCAGUCUACCUGUCUGCUGGUGUGAUUUCCACUAUGGUCAGUUACACAUGUAAAGCAGCCACCGGGCGUCUCUAUCCAUCAUUAGGGGCGUCGGGUGCUGUCAUGGCGGUACUCGCUGCUGUCUGCUCUAAGAUGCCAGAGGCCAAGCUCAGCAUAAUCUUCCUUCCCAUGGUCAUUUUCACAGCAGGAAAUGCUCUGAAAGCACUCAUUGCCAUAGAUACAGCAGGACUUCUGUUGGGAUGGCGGUGGUUUGACCAUGCAGCUCACCUUGGUGGAGCCCUCUUUGGAGUGUGGUAUGUGGCAUAUGGUCAUAAACUCAUUUGGAGGAAGAGGGAGCCACUUGUAAAGUUGUGGCAUGAUGUGCGUUCUCCAGGCGGCAGAGGUUCCAGGCCUGGGCGUGGACCUGGAGCUGGUGGUGAUGGAGGACCAUCAUCAUAAGGAGCCUGCAGGGUCCCUGAAAUUCUUUGUAAAAGAACUGGAAUCUAUCCCAAGGAAUAUGCAAGGACACUUUUAUCCAAUGAUAUGGAGUCAGCUGUUAUUCAUAAAUAAAUCUAGUUUCACAUCCAAAGUUAGUAAUAAGCAUUUGUUGAUUUAAUGUAACGCAGAGACUUGAAAUUAAAAAAAAAAAAAAAAUCAGGUCAGAUUUAAUAUCUAGUGUUGUGGUCAAGAUGUUUACUUUGUAGACGUUACCCGUAGGGUAACAGAUGUCUCAACUGUAAUUCUCCUACCUCAUUUAGCACUGUUCUACCAACACUGUGCUGGUGCCAAAUCUCAAAGUAGUUCUAUACAUUUAUACCAAGAAAGCACGAUGCCACCACCCCCCCACCAAAAAAAAAAAAACCUGGUCCCACACUUGAUGCUGAUGUCAGCAGCAAUGGGAGGACAUUACUAGAAAUUUACCACUCAUUUCAAAAUGUCUGUCUGUCCCAUCUUACCCUAACUUCUGAUACAGUAUGCAAAGCUCUAUAACUUUCAGUUCUAAACACUGUGGCCAUGCACUUGCACCUGAAUCAGCAUGCCGCUGGUGGAAAAUAGGUAUUAGUAAUCUAAAAACCUGAAGCCUAAUGGCCAUGUUUUGUGUUUAGAUUAUUCCAGGGAACUGCGUUAGUCACUGGACAGAAAAAAUAAAUAAAUACAUUGUCCAAAUUAGAAAUCAACAAAUUUUGUUGGCUGAUCCUAUUUCUCUAUUAAAACUGGCAUUCAGACUGUUUAGUGCUUUAUGCUUAUAGUGUACUUUUGGGGGGAAAAAACUGUAUUCUUCUCAAAACAAGCGUAUCCAACUAUUUUAGAUAAAUGGGCACUCCUGCUUUUAACUACUAAUGUAAGUAAUCCAUUUGGUAACGUAUCUUGUCAGUGCCCUCUAUUACAGUACAAAAGUCCAGCCAAGUUGCCUUUUUUUUGUUGUUGUUGUA